AUGGAGCCUAUUGUUACUAUGAGGUGUUUCUCUCUUCUUGAUGAGCUUGGUGCAGGUGAAGUGGAGACCAAGCAUGCUUGUGAACACCUCGCCCCGAGGAGCAUCAGGAGGGUCAUGAGGAGGAGCUGGGAGUUGGAGAAGGAUUCCAUCUCGACGGCGACCAUGCUGGAGACUGUCGUCGCCGACACGGACGUGAAGACCAGGUCGAGAGCCGAGGGCCUAGGGAGGGAGGCGGACUUCAUGGGCAGAGCUUUCAGCAUCAAGAAACCCAAGACGCAGAUGGAAAGGAAGUACAAGAGUUGCACCCAGAACGGGUGCACAUGGAAGAGCAGAAGGUGGUAA